ACAGCAGACUGGGAAUCAAAAACCCCUUUCGGCUCUCACUCUAGGGUUUUGAAAUUUCCACAGAAGUCAAUCUCAAUAUCGCGAGAGAUGCAGCUGACUCUAGAAUUCGGAGGCGGAUUGGAGCUUCUUUGCGAUUCCGUGAAGAUUCAUAAUGUCAGUGUUGAACCACAAGAUGGAGAGCAAAAGUUAACAAUGAAAUACUUGCUUUCAUGGGUUCGCACCAAUUUGAUCAAGGAGAGGCCUGAAAUGUUUAUGAAGGGAGACACUGUGAGGCCUGGAGUUCUAGUCCUCGUCAAUGAUACAGAUUGGGAACUAAGUGGUCAGCUUGACACUGUGCUGGAAGAGAAGGAUGUCAUCGUUUUCAUUUCCACAUUGCAUGGAGGAUAAUUUUGAAGCCUUUUCCAUACUACUGGCUAAAGUAUAUUUUUUCUGGAUAUUAGUUGUAAUCAAUGGAUUUUAAAGUUUUUUUUUUUUUUGCUUUUAAUCCAAAAUUUGUGCUGUGCACUAGUUGACAAUGUAGUACAAAAGCUAUAAAAUAAAAUGUCUCUUUGAUGAGGAAAA